AUGGGGUACGUCAUGUACCCUCAGGCCGACGACCAGACCGGCCAAGCCAUCGACCUCAACGAGCUUGAUGCCGCGGCCCUCCAGAUGCAGCAAAGUGCUCCUCUGGAACUGCAUGGACCACCUCAACCUGAAAUAUACGACAUGUUCGAAGCAGGAGCCAACAAGUUCUCAUUCCCUACCAUGACCCCACGUCCGCCCAUGACGUACAGUUUCCAGGAGAGCACCUUUGCGAGACGUCUACAUCGCGCCUGUACCGAAGCCGCAUAUCAGCUCCUCCUCGACCCGCGCAGACGCCCAACAGAAUACCAGAGAAUAUUCCGACUGUCCCUCCUAGGCCGAGACAGACAAAAGAUCACCGCCCAGCUCAAGGCCAUCCUCUCCCGCGGCCCGCACGAAGAUCUAGACUUCUGGGAAGCGCCAACCGUCCACGUCGGCGGUGCGGGAACCCACUACCCCCGCCGCGACCCAUACGGUAACUUAAUGCCCAAGAAGAAGACUUUCAACGUCGGUCGGAUCGGUCCCCAAACCCUCACCACGCUCGAGAGGACUGCCCGCGGUAACAUCAGCAUGGACAUGAUCGUAGAGCUAGUGGGUUUCGAGGGCGAAUGGUUUGACCCUUACGACGUGCAGGGAUAUCUUGAAGAGAAAGGCAUCUACAUCGAUCCGACGUCGUCCUUUGCAGAGGCACAAAUCGUCGAAUGGCCCAAGACACUAAGCGAUGCAUCAUCAGAGCCAUCAGAACCUCACGUAGCAACACCGCCAGGACAGUUCGCCGUGCCAGGGAAAUCGACACCGUUAACGACCUCCCAAGUGAACAUCAUGAUCAAUGAAGCAGACGUCGAUUUCAGCAAAUGGGACGACUCCCGGAACCUCGAGCUGACGAACGUGGGCUACUCGGAUGCCGAGUUCGGGUCGUGGAUGAAUUUCCUGCAGCCUGGAGAAUCCGUUCGGCAUUACAACGAGGAACAAGCGGCGUGGGAGGGCUUCAGUGUCGACAAUGUUCGUGCUAUAUCGGCGCCGAAUAGCCAUCCACCCUCGCCGGGUCCGACAAGGAAGAGCGUGUUGAUUGACGUUUCGAAGCUUGUGAAAGUCCUGAUCGUGUCCGCAGUAUGCUUAGGACGCACACCAGGCUUCAGAAGGCGGGAUGUUGAUCGGGCACUGGCGAUUUCGUCAUUUGAUGCAUUCUAG